GGACCAGAGACUGAGAGCAGAGUCUCCAGGGUCCAGCUGUCUGUCUCUGAAGAGUGACAUGUCCAUGGAACCUCCUAUAUUCUUCAGUAAUGAACCUGGACCCUCACACACAGAGGAGAGGAAGAGGAGGAGUCAUGUUUCUGAGGAGGAGCAGUCGUCCUGCUGUGCUUCGUGUCAGGACGUCCUGAAGGAUCCAGUCUCCACCAGCUGUGGACACUGGUUCUGCAGACAGUGCAUCACCUCAUACUGGGACCAGUCUGGUUCUUCAGGAGACUCCUCCUGUCCCCAGUGUGGACAAAGAUCCAGAACAGGAGCUGGAGCAGAUUGUGGUCUGCAGGAGGUUUCAGAUGAACAUCAGCUCAGCCUGAGGAGGAGAUGUGAACAUGUGACUGAAGGAAGUGAUGAAACAGGAAGUAGAACCCUCCUCAACAGGAUCUACACUGAGCUCUACAUCACAGAGGGACAGAGUGAAGAGGUUAAUACUCAACAUGAGGUGAGGCAGCUUGAGACGGCUUCCAAGAAGAAGAUCCUCCACGACACUCCCAUCAGGUGCCACGACAUCUUUAAAGCCUCCACUGACCAGCAGAGACGCAUCAGAGUCGUCCUGACCAACGGCGUCGCUGGCGUUGGAAAAACCUUCUCAGUGCAGAAGUUCACUCUGGACUGGGCAGAGGGUUUAGAGAACCAGGAUGUGGGUCUGCUGACUGUGCUUUCGUUCAGGGAGCUGAACCUGGUGAAGGACCAGCAGCACAGUCUCCUCACGCUGCUCCGUGUUUUCCAUCCAGCGUUACAGAAGCUCACGGCAGAGACGCUCGCUGUCUGUAAACCUUUGUUCAUCUUUGACGGCCUGGAUGAAAGCAGACCUUCUCUGGACUUCAACCACAGGGAGCUUGUGUCUGAGGUCACACAGAAGUCAUCAGUCAACGUGCUGCUGACAAACCUCAUCCGGGGGAAUCUGCUUCCCUCGGCUCUCGUCUGGAUCACCUCCAGACCUGCGGCGGCCAAUCAGAUCCCUCCUGCAUGUGUUGACAGGGUCACAGAAGUACGAGGCUUCACUGAGGCCCAGAAGGAGGAGUACUUCAGGAGGAGAUUCAGUGAUGAAGAGCUGUGCAGCAGAAUCAUCUCACACAUCAAGACGUCCAGGAGCCUCCACAUCAUGUGUCAAAUCCCAGUCUUCUGCUGGAUCAGUGCUACAGUUCUGGAGCACAUGUUGACCACAGACCAGAGAGGAGAGCUGCCCAAGACCCUGACUGACCUGUACUCUCACUUCCUGCUGGUUCAGACAAAGAGGAAGAACAACAAGUACGGUGAGGGACAUGAGACGACUCCACAGCAGCUGACGGAGGCUGACAGGGACGUUCUCCUGAAGCUGGGGAAGCUGGCACUUAAACAUCUGGAGGAAGGAAACAUCAUGUUCUACCAAGAAGACCUGGAGCGGUGUGGUCUUAAUAUCACAGAGGCCUCGGUGUACUCAGGAGUUUGUACUGAGAUCUUCAGAAGAGAGUGUGUGAUCUUCCAGAAAUCAGUCUACUGCUUUGUUCAUCUGAGCGUUCAGGAGUUCCUGGCUGCAGUCUACAUGUUCCACUGUUACACCGAGAGGAACACAGAAGAACUCAAGAACUUCUUGGGAACAUAUGGAAACACAUACUGGACCUUCUCCCUGGAUGACCUCCUGAAGAGAACCAUGGAGAAAUCCCUCACCAGUACAAAUGGUCAUCUGGACCUGUUUGUUCGCUUCCUUCACGGCCUCAGUCUGGAGUCCAACCAGAGAGUCUUAGGAGGCCUGCUGGGUCGGACGGAGAACAAUCCAGAGAUCAUCCAGAGAGUCAUCAACAACCUGAAGGAGAUGAAGAGUGAUUACAUUUCUCCUGACAGAAGCAUCAACAUCUUCCACUGUCUGACUGAGAUGAACGACCACUCAGUUCAUCAGCAGAUGAAACAGUUCCUGACGUCCGAGAACAGAUCAAAGGAGGAACUCUCUGAGAUCCACUGCUCAGCUCUGGCCUACAUGCUGCAGAUGUCAGAGGAGGUUCUGGAUGAGUUGGACCUGGAGAAGUUCAACACAUCAUACCAGGGUCAACUGAGACUGAUCCCAGCUGUGAGGAACUGCAGG